AUGCUACAAUACACUACCACCACCAUCGCCAUCGACGCUGCUGCGGUAACCAUCCAUGCAGCCACCACCAAACCAUUGAAGCAGAAACGGGAGCAACAGCAGCAGCGCCAGACGCAGCAGCAGCAACAAAAGAAGAAACAGCAGCAGCAGAAGAACCAGCAGCAGCAGCAACAGAAGCAACUGCAGCAGCAGCAGCAGCAGCAGCAGCAGCAGAAUCACCUCAUGGGGCCCCCGGGGGCCCCUCGCAGCCAUCUACAGCUGCUGAUGAUAAUAAAAGCAGAGGAGAGAGAAGCACACCCACAGGCGACAGCACCCAGGGUACUGAAGCAGCAGCAGCAGCAGCAGCAGCAGCAGCAACAGCAGCAGCAGCAACAGAAGCAGCAGCAGCAGCAGAAGCAGCAGCAGCAGAAAGAUCGAGCUCAGGAAAACAGGUGA